UUCCGUACGCUUCUACUUGGGUACCAGGUGCCUGGUUUAGGUAGGGUAGGCCUCUGUGUGGAGGUGGCCGGUCAACGUCUGGGUGAAAGUACGAAAGAACUGUAGCACCAACUGGGAGCCUUCAGUAGACCAUCAUCAGUUAAUUCCUGAGCAAGCACAUAGGUUGCUUAUGCAUUUCUCGUUAAAUUAUAGUUGUUAUUUCUAAAAUUGCAUAGAAGACAUGGCUUUGCAUGUGCAAAUAUUAUGCAAAUAGGCGGUCUCUUCUCCCCAGUGUUUGGGUGGUGUGUUUCCGCUUUCCUGCCAACAUGACCCUAAUUCAUACCCAUAAAUUUUCAUCUCUCAAUCCUGAGAGCAGGGCUUCUGCCCUUAGCAACAGCUGCAUCAGUGCAAUGUCAGUGUUGCUUCAAUGGUACCUCCAGUUUCAGAGUUCUACUUGCCAGGAACAAAUGAUGGCCUUCGCUCUUGUUUCAAGACUAAUUUCUCAAUGCAAAUUUGAUCUACUGGAGGAACUUGUGUCAAAAGAGAUGAUUCAGCUGCUAAAAGAGAAACUUUCUUCAUUGUCUGAAAACCACAAAAGUGCCCUAGCUGCUGACAUGGAUGAAAUAAUGUACACAACAGCAGGAGAUGUUGGAAUUUACUAUGAUGAUAAUGGAAGGAAGUUUGUUAGCAUUCUGAUGCGUUUCUGGUAUCUGACUAGUGUUGACCUUCCUGAUGAGGCUCCAGAUGGAACCAAAAUAUUCCAAUUUGUGUUUGGAGAUGGAAUGGCAGAGGAAAGAAAGUGUCUCUUAACAGCUAAUUAUGAGUUCCAAAGAGAAUUUACACAAGGUGUGAAACCAGACUGGACAAUUACACGGAUUGAACAUCCAAAGCUAUUCGAAUUAGCUGACUGAACAGAGACUUUCACAGACAAUUAAUCAAUAUUCUGGUGCAUCAUCAAGUUUCAUGUGCCACAGUCUGUUGUGGACUAAUUUUGUACUUCUUAAUUCCCCAAAUACAGUCGUGCUUGGAAGCAUAAAAAUAAAAUAUUUCCCUCAAGA